AUUGUCGCUGUUGUUUAUUCUGUAAUGUUACACAUUCACAGUGGAUUUUGAGAUGCAAUUUACUUUGAGUAUUACGUAUUGAACAUUUCAUAAUGUACGAAGGUUCUUUAUGCGUCUGUUGCAUGUCCACUGACGAUUUACUUGGUUUGUUUGAAGUUAGAAAAGUGAACAAUUUUGAAGAAAAUUACGCCAAAAUUUUGAAUUCCUGUUUGAAUGUUCAGCUAUCUCCACAAGAUGGCCAUGAUUCAAUAUGUGCAGUCUGUGUAGCCAGCCUCAAACAAUGUGUGACUUUUAAGAAACAAAUCCUUAGAAGCAUAUCCGUGAUUUUAUCAAUUGACUUAUCACAAAUAUUAAGUGAAGAAGACGUGGCAGUUUUAGGAUUAUUGCAAUCAGAGAAAGACAUUAUUACAAAAUCACAGAUUAAUGUGAAUCAAGAAAUUAUUAAUAACAAUUGUGACGGCUUACAUUCGAAGAAAUGCGAAGCCCCCUCCCCGCCGUCUUCCCCUAAGACGACAAACAAACACAAACGCCCAGUGGGUCGACCGCGCACACAUCCAAAAGAUAAUAUUCCGUAUGAAAUAAAUCGUGAAGAGAGAAAUUGCCGGGAGUGCGGUGUACAGUUUUUGAAUUAUUUCUCAUUAAAGAAACAUUACAACACACACUUCCGAAAUCACAUAUGUACAGUGUGCAAGAAGGGUUUCAUGACACGAAUUAGUCUGAUGAAGCACCAAAAGACCCACCAGAAGGGACCUUUUUCUUGUGAUAUUUGUCAUACCCAAUUUCGCACUUUGAACUCUGUACAAAGCCACAAGCACUUCAAGCACACAGCGCGUUCACGUCGGCUUCCUCCAAACGAGCCUCUACCGUGCCCUUAUUGCGACAGAGUUUUUACUUGGUCAGGAGAUAGGAAUCGUCAUAUACAAAAUCAACAUGAAAUCCGCAUGUACCCUUGCCCGAACUGCGGCAUCAAGUUGAAGAAAACGUCUCUCCGUUCACAUUUAUUCCAACGCCAUAAUAUUGGUACUGGAUACAAAUGCGCAGUUUGUGACGCUAUGAGGGUCACGCGAGCUGCGCUAGCGCGACACAUGGACUCCCACUUGGAUAUAAGAAGGUAA